ACGCCGUCUACUUCUGAUGUGCUGUCCUUUACACUGCAGCUAUGUUCCAACACCUGUCCUAGUCAUAAUUGAUGUCCAGCCCAAGGAACUGGGAAUACCUACCAAAGCCUACUAUGCUGUUGAGGAGGUUAAAGAGAAUGCAACCCAGAAAAGUCAGAAGGUGUUUGUCCAUGUGCCUUCUGAAAUUGCUGCUCAUGAAGUUGAAGAAAUCGGAGUUGAACACUUGCUUAGGGAUGUUAAGGACACAACAAUUAGUACCCUUGCAACUGAGGUGUCAGGUAAACUCACUGCGUUAAAGGGAUUGGAUGCACGACUUCAAGAGAUUCGCAGCUAUCUUGACAAUGUUAUUGAUGAGAAAUUACCUUUAAACCAUGAGAUUCUCUAUCAUUUGCAGGAUGUGUUCAACCUACUUCCGAAUCUCAAUGUGGCUGAGUUAAUAAAAGCAUUUGCAGUAAAAACAAAUGAUAUGAUGCUGGUUAUAUACCUUUCUUCCCUUAUAAGAAGCGUAAUUGCUCUACAUAACUUGAUCAACAACAAGAUGCUUAACAAGGAGCACGAAAAGGCUGAAGACUCUAAGCCAGUUGCUGUACCAACAGCAGCUGGAAGCUAAGCACGGAAGUUUGUGUGUCGAUAGAUUGCUGGUGCAACUUCGAAGUCCUCUUUGGCGAUGGGAACUUGGGCAUAUAUUCCGAUGUUGCCCUUUCGAAUCGUUAGCAAAAAAGUGCUUUCAUUUUCGUGUCACCUCAUGACUAUCGUUUGGAAUGGUGUUUUACACCUUUUGUGCGGAAGUUGCCUAUCUUUGGUUACUCAGAUAACAGAUGAGGAUGUUCAACAGCUAGCGAAUCUCGCAUUGAUGUGUACUACUAUUAACCGAAAUACCGAUCAUACUUGGUCAUUUGUCUGCAGUUAUUCGAGACUUGGAGCAAACGACAUUGUCAAAGUUAUCAGAUCGCCCCUUGGUUUGUGUUGGUUUUUGCUGA